AUGGACGCCGCCCUCAGCUGGGAACACGCCGCCCCAUCACCACGUUUCCACAUGGCCGCCUCCACACCGAUCCUCACCGCCAGCGGAGGGAUGUUCCAACGAGAUGGGGCCAAAAGGCUGAGAAACGCAGUGCAGUACCGGCAGCUGUUCCAAAUGGUGAUUGUAUUAGGAAUGAGUGGGACCCUGCUUAUUGGCUUCCAGGUCUCUGUGAUCACGUAUCCAUCCCAGGACAUCAAGAGUUUCAUCAAUGAGACGUGGCUACAGCGACAUGGUGUGUCUCUCCCGCCAGAGAGGCUGGCUGUGCUGUGGUCCUUCAUCAUCUCCAUCUACUGCCUGGGGGGACUUCUGGGCUGUUUAUGGAGCGGAUCACUGGCUGUGAGAUACGGAAAAAAGAAAACUUUAAUUUGCAGUAAUUUUAUUAUAAUCGUGGGAGCUCUUCUUAUUGGUUCCAGUAAGAUGGCCAGGUCUUUUGAAAUUAUUCUAAUGGGCCGUUUCCUUUAUGGCAUCAGUGCAGGACUCUGCCUCAAUAUCCAUGGGCCCUAUCUCGGUGAAAUUUCCCCCAAGAAGUUCCGAGGCCUGGCCACCACCACAGCAGCCAUAUUUUUCUCCCUUGGAAAAGCGUUGGGGCAAAUCCUGGGCUUAAGAGACCUUUUAGGCACCGAGGCCCUGUGGCCCCUCCUGCUGGCCCUGUGCGGCUUCCCAGCCCUGCUGCAGCUGCUGCUGCUGCCGUUCUUCCCAGAGUCGCCCCCGUACCUCCUGAUACAAAGGAAGGAUGCUGAUGCCUGCCGAAAAGCAAUGAAAGACCUCUGGGGUGGAAGACAUCAGCAAACAGAAAUUGAGGAGGCAUUGAAAGAGAUGGCCAUUGCAGGCUCCAAGAACUUGAGUAUCUGGGAAGUGGUGAGACAGCCCAGCUUGCGAUGGCCAUUGUUUAUCGCCAUUCUGCUGGUCGCGAGUUUGCAGCUCUGUGGCCUGAGUGCAAUAUACUUCUAUGCUUUUGAAGUUUUCCGCACUGCCAGGCUUGAAGAGCCGGUCAUCCCUUACGUCACUCUGGGCAUUGGUCUCUGCGAAUUUGCCUCUGUGGUCCUGUGUAGCUCCAUCAUUGACCGCCUGGGCCGGAGAGUUCUGCUGUGGGGCGGGUUUGGGAUGAUGGCCUUCACAUUGGCCCUCCUCGUCAUCACUCUGUCUCUCCAGGAUCAGUCUCCCUGGAUUUCCUACAGCAGCAUCAUCCUCAUCUUCCUCUUCAUAACUUUCUAUGGAAGUGGUCCAUCUGGUGCCAUCUUCUCUGUCAUGGUGGAGAUUUUCCGUCCUGAUGCACAACCCUCCGCCCUUGCCGUAGCUGUCUCGUUCAGCUGGUUGGGCCUCUUUAUCACUGGCAUAGGCUUUCCCUUUGUGGUGGAGGCCCUUGGCCACUACUGCUUCCUCAUCUUCUUCAGUGUGCUCAUCGGAAUGGGACUUUUCACCUACCUCUUCAUUCCAGAGACAAAGGGGAGGUCCAUCCUAGACAUCACAGAAGACCUCAACAGGAUCCCUCUGGGGAAGAGGCUUACAUUACCUGCUUUGAAAAGCAGCUCUGCCCCCAGGAGCCACAGCCUUUGCACCAAGUUAUGA